UAAGAUCACGCACACUUCCUGCUUGUCCUCUUUUCCUCCCUCUGGGAAACGCAUGCGCAGGGCGGCCCUCGUCGCCUCUGUUUCCCAGAGUGCUUUGCGCUGUGAAGAAGCGUCGGUCGCGGGCUGGAGGCAUUUUGUGUCCUGGAUAUCAGUAGCGAAAAAGAGAGUGAGGGAGGCAGACAAGAUGGCGGCGGCCGCCGAGUGAGGCGCCAGUUGCUGGCGGCGGCUGGAUCCGCUUGGACUUUUCCCUCUCUUCCCAACCACGAGGACUACCUUUCCUAAGAGGGAACAAAGUGCACUGGCAACCGGGAAAGCGUCUGGGGCGUCCACCUUCUAUAGAGGCCUGGUGUGAACGGAGCCGCAGGGACCGGAGUCCUCCCGCCCUUUCCGUUCCCCUUUACUCCCCCCCCCCCCAGCUAUCUGGAAGCGACGGAGCGAGAGCUCCUUGAGGAAAAACUCAGCGGACACUCGGCGUGGGAAUAACCCCCUUCCCCCCCACCCUUCAUUCGCCAUGGCAAGCAGCAGUGGCUCCAAGGCCGAGUUCGUCGUCGGGUCCAAAUACAAACUGGUGCGGAAGAUCGGCUCAGGUUCCUUCGGGGAUAUAUACUUGGCGAUCAAUAUCACCAACGGGGAGGAAGUGGCUGUGAAGUUAGAGUCGCAGAAGGCCAGGCAUCCCCAGCUGUUAUAUGAAAGCAAACUCUACAAGAUUCUGCAAGGGGGAGUUGGCAUCCCUCACAUACGGUGGUAUGGCCAAGAAAAAGAUUACAAUGUUCUAGUCAUGGACCUUCUUGGGCCGAGCCUUGAAGAUCUCUUCAACUUCUGUUCUCGCAGGUUCACAAUGAAAACAGUACUUAUGUUAGCAGAUCAGAUGAUCAGUAGAAUUGAAUAUGUGCAUACAAAGAAUUUUAUACACAGAGACAUUAAACCAGAUAACUUCCUAAUGGGUAUCGGGCGUCACUGUAAUAAGUGUUUAGAAUCUCCAGUGGGGAAGAGGAAAAGAAGCAUGACUGUUAGUACUUCUCAGGACCCAUCUUUCUCAGGAUUAAACCAGUUAUUCCUUAUUGACUUUGGGUUGGCCAAAAAGUACCGGGACAACAGGACAAGGCAACACAUACCAUAUAGAGAAGACAAAAAUCUCACUGGUACAGCCAGAUACGCUAGCAUUAAUGCUCACCUUGGCAUUGAACAGAGUCGUCGUGAUGAUAUGGAGUCACUAGGGUAUGUGUUGAUGUACUUCAACAGAACUAGCCUACCGUGGCAAGGUUUAAAGGCUGCAACAAAGAAGCAGAAAUAUGAAAAGAUUAGUGAAAAGAAGAUGUCUACUCCUGUUGAAGUUUUGUGUAAGGGAUUUCCUGCAGAAUUUGCAAUGUACCUGAACUACUGCCGUGGCCUGCGCUUUGAGGAGGCUCCUGAUUAUAUGUAUCUGAGGCAGUUAUUCCGUAUUCUCUUCAGGACCCUGAAUCACCAAUAUGACUACACAUUUGACUGGACAAUGUUAAAGCAGAAAGCAGCACAGCAAGCAGCCUCUUCCAGUGGGCAGGGGCAGCAAGCCCAAACCCCCACAGGCAAGCAAACUGACAAAUCCAAGAGUAACAUGAAAGGUUUUUGAGCAUGAAGAAGAGAAGAAACGAAGCAGAGCAGAAUGGAGCAGGAUGCAUCACUCCCCAAAUUCUAGGAAUUUUAGUUCAUAAACACACUUGCCAGUGGGUGUGGACAACCAUCUACUUGAUGUAAAGACUUAAUUUCAGUAUAAACUGGCUCUGGGCAGCACCAUUGAUGCUGCACCGUUGAGUUGUAGCAGCUGUAAUUGUGAAUAUUACUGAGAUAGUUGAACAUGGUUGUCCAGUUUUCUAUUGCAUUUUUCAAGUGGAAAAGUUAACUGAGUGGUUGACACACAAGUGGUGGAAAGAAUUGUGCAUAUGCCAAUUUUUGUAACCUUUUUACUUUGAACUACACUGCUUAUGAGAUCUCAUUGUUUUGGAAGAAUGGCAUGAGCAAGUCUUCAGGAACAGUUGUGAUAAUUGUAAAUGCUCACAAUUGUGCACUCCUUCUGGGUAUUCCUCCCUGGUUCUCAAAGUUGUACACUUAAAACAUUCUAAAAUUGCUGGUGUCUGAGUGACAUAAGAAGCCAGCUGACAUGGUAGUAACCAAAGAUUCCAGUUGUUAAGCAUAUGAAAGACUCUGCCUGCUUACCCUGUGCUAGAAGUAACAGCGUCUAAAGUGAAGACUUAAGAGAAACUUAGCGACUACUAGAUUAUAUUUAGGACUCUGCAUUAACUCUGUAAUGUUCUUGGUAUAAAAGGAGAAACAGCAUAUUUGUCACAAAUUUAGUUAACAUCUUACAACUGAAACUGUAUGUAAGUUGCUUAGAUAAAUGUAAUCACUGUAAACAUCUAUAUGAUCUGGGAUUUUGUUUUUAUUUUGGAACAGGAGCUUUUUUGUUUACAAGUUCAUUAAAAACUAAACUGUUUCUGUAAGGAAAUGAGAUUUUUUUAAUUUGCUUUGAUAAUUUGCAAUCUAAAUUAGACACCACCCUUUUUUAAAAAAAAUAGGCAACUACAAGGCCAUUUGUUAAAGCAAAAGUCCUAUUUCUUAAUCAUUUUAGGUCUAGUGUUGUAGCUCUUCCUCACUUUUGUUUUUAAAUAAAUUUUGUAUUUUUUUUUCUUGAUGGGAAGGGGCACUCUUGCAUUUUUAUAAUCUGUUGCAUUGAUACCCAGCUUGCUAUCAGAAGAGAUGGAACAAAAAUAAAGGCAUCUUUUCAGAUCUAUCACAGCACCUCACAGGGCUUGCCGUUGUGUUACGUUGGCUGAACUAAUUUGCAGAUUCAAAAUGGAAGUUGUGGAGGGCUUUAAAAGGAGGAAUUUUAUUUCAAGUUCUUGUGAAGCAGAUGUGAUCAGAUUUACUUUUGUUCUCAGGCAGCCUUUCAGUGUGCAGUGUUCACAUUGGUUUACUGGUUGCUGCCUUAGGCUAUCCUUCUCACUUUAAUCCAGCUGAAAGAUAUUCUUACUGCUGGCAAAUUCAUCUAACAGUGUAACUUAUUCCUUUAUAGCAUGUCAGAAUAAAUUUUAAGUCUGAAAAUGCUGCCAGAUGCCUAUUGUGUACAUGGUUUUUAUGACUUCUAGACCUUGUCUGUGUAUAUUAGAGGUAUGGGUUGCAAUGCAUACUUUUCUGUGGGACAUUGAAUAUCUCCAGCAGCUCUCCCCCCCAAUAAAAUGUAUAGUUAAUUAUAUUGUGGCAAAGCAAUGCGGUUAUCUGGAGAACAUGUUCAAUACAUGGGAUAUGCCUGUAAGAACCAUUCCAGGGAGUCUUAUUUGCAAAUGCUCUUUGUUGAAAAUUAGCUGAGAUUUCAGUAUUGCCAAACAUCGAGAUUUUGUAUCUCCAAGAAGGUAAUUUUUACUUUUGUUUGAUAAUUUCAACUAGACAAAUGCACUAUACUUUUUGAAGAAUGGGUAGUUCAGAUAUCAUGGGUACCUUAUUGUAUACUCAGUUGUUGCAAUACAGUUCAGUCACACUAGUGAAAGAUGGUCAACAGGAAGAAUAUAUAAUAGUGUUUAGGAGCAAGAAAAAAUCUUUAAUCAUCAAAAAUAUUCUAGCUCAGGCAGACCUUUGUGCAUUUUGACAAGUUCCUACUUCAGAGUGAAUCUGCUUGCCUCUUAUGAUCCUAACUGAUACAAGGUGCCAGAUGGAAGUACACAGAGAAGUAAUACCAGCAAAAUGGUUACUGUUAGUGUUUUUGUUAUUACUCUUAUUACUGCAUUCUUUAAGUUUGCAAAACAGUUUUAGAAGUAAUCAAGUCAGUUGACAUUCAAGUUGGAUUUUGACAGCUGCUGGAUUAAAGGAAACAAUCUAUUAGAAUCUUAAUCUAUUAGUUUAACUUUCACAGAUUUGAAUUAGCACAUAUGUGUAUGUUAAAAGCAGUUGGAACAAAAACUUUCAAGAAGAUGCCUUCUAAAAUGAGGCUUUUUGAGACACACAUUUAUGUUGUAGCAGGCAACCUCUUACUAAUUCCCUUUGCUGCCUUGAGAAGUGUGAAUGCUGUCUGCAGUUUCAUAAGGAAUAACUAAUUUAAAAUGGCCUGCUAAUUAGAGGUCACAUAUUUAGGGGGCCUACAGAUUUUUAGUCCAUUAAUCAACUGACCUAAUUGACCAAAUGUUGCAACUUUUCUUUUUAACUCUUGUCUGUUUCACCAAGUAUGCUGAACAAUGAAGUGUACAAAUAAAACUCUUGACUCAAA